CUGCUACUAGUGUGGGGAAGAUGGCGGACGCAGCUGUCGUGGUUCCCGUAGAGUGGAUAAAGAACUGGGAGAAAUCAGGGAGAGGCGAAUUUUUGCAUUUAUGCCGGAUCCUCAGUGAAAAUAAAAGCCAUGAUAGUUCGACUUAUAGAGAUUUCCAUCAAGCUCUUUAUGAGUUAUCAUACCAUGUCAUUAAAGGAAAUCUAAAGCAUGAACAGGCAUCUAAUGUUCUUAAUGACAUUAGUGAAUUUCGUGAGGAUAUGCCCUCCAUUCUUGCUGACGUAUUCUGCAUAUUAGAUAUUGAGACAAAUUGUUUAGAAGAAAAAAGCAAGAGAGACUAUUUUACACAAUUGGUAUUAGCAUGUUUGUAUUUAGUUUCAGACACAGUUCUAAAGGAACGCUUGGAUCCAGAAACAUUGGAAUCGUUAGGACUUAUCAAACAAUCACAGCAAUUCAAUCAAAAGUCAGUUAAAAUCAAGACAAAACUCUUUUAUAAGCAGCAAAAAUUUAAUUUGUUAAGAGAAGAAAAUGAAGGUUAUGCCAAGCUGAUUGCUGAAUUGGGGCAAGAUUUAUCUGGAAAUAUUACCAGUGAUUUAAUCUUAGAAAAUAUCAAAUCUUUAAUAGGAUGCUUUAAUCUGGAUCCCAAUAGAGUUCUGGAUGUCAUUUUAGAAGUGUUUGAAUGCAGGCCAGAACACGAUGACUUCUUUAUAUCUUUAUUAGAAUCUUACAUGAGUAUGUGUGAACCGCAAACACUGUGUCAUAUUCUUGGGUUCAAAUUCAAGUUUUACCAGGAACCAAAUGGAGAGACUCCUUCAUCUUUGUACAGAGUUGCAGCAGUACUUCUACAGUUUAAUCUUAUUGAUUUAGAUGAUCUUUAUGUACAUCUUCUUCCAGCUGAUAAUUGCAUUAUGGAUGAACACAAACGAGAAAUUGUAGAAGCUAAGCAGAUUGUUAGAAAACUUACAAUGGUUGUACUGUCUUCCGAUAAAAUUGACGAACGAGAGAAAGAAAAGGAAAAAGAAGAGGAGAAAGUGGAGAAGCCACCUGACAACCAGAAACUUGGUUUGUUGGAAGCCUUGUUAAAGAUUGGUGAUUGGCAGCAUGCACAGAACAUUAUGGAUCAGAUGCCUCCAUACUAUGCAGCUUCACAUAAACUAAUAGCCCUUGCUAUUUGCAAGCUUAUUCAUAUAACUAUUGAGCCUCUCUACCGAAGAGUUGGCGUUCCUAAAGGUGCUAAAGGCUCACCUGUUAAUGCUUUGCAAAAUAAGAGAGCACCAAAACAAGCAGAGAGCUUUGAAGAUUUGAGGAGAGACGUCUUCAAUAUGUUCUGUUACCUUGGUCCUCACCUUUCUCAUGAUCCCAUUUUAUUUGCAAAAGUGGUGCGGAUAGGCAAGUCAUUUAUGAAAGAGUUUCAGUCUGAUGGAAGCAAACAAGAAGAUAAAGAGAAGACGGAAGUUAUCCUUAGCUGCUUGCUUAGCAUUACUGACCAGGUAUUACUUCCAUCUCUUUCUUUGAUGGACUGCAAUGCUUGUAUGUCUGAGGAACUGUGGGGAAUGUUUAAAACAUUUCCAUAUCAGCAUAGAUAUCGUCUGUAUGGCCAGUGGAAGAAUGAAACUUACAACAGUCAUCCACUUUUAGUAAAAGUUAAAGCUCAAACAAUAGACAGAGCCAAAUAUAUCAUGAAGCGUCUAACCAAGGAAAAUGUGAAGCCUUCUGGAAGACAAAUUGGGAAGUUGAGCCACAGCAAUCCAACCAUUUUGUUUGAUUAUAUCUUGUCACAAAUACAGAAGUAUGAUAACUUAAUAACACCUGUAGUAGAUUCAUUGAAAUACCUCACUUCGUUGAAUUAUGACGUCUUGGCCUAUUGUAUCAUUGAAGCUUUAGCUAAUCCAGAAAAGGAGAGAAUGAAACAUGACGACACAACCAUCUCAAGCUGGCUUCAGAGUCUGGCUAGUUUCUGUGGUGCAGUUUUUCGUAAAUAUCCAAUUGAUCUUGCUGGUCUUCUUCAAUAUGUGGCUAAUCAGCUAAAGGCAGGCAAAAGUUUUGACCUGCUUAUAUUGAAAGAAGUGGUACAAAAAAUGGCAGGAAUAGAAAUUACAGAAGAAAUGACAAUGGAGCAACUAGAGGCCAUGACUGGUGGAGAGCAACUAAAAGCUGAGGGUGGUUACUUUGGCCAGAUAAGAAACACUAAAAAAUCCUCCCAGAGAUUAAAGGAUGCACUAUUAGACCAUGAUCUUGCUCUUCCUCUCUGUUUGCUUAUGGCUCAGCAGAGGAAUGGGGUAAUCUUUCAGGAAGGUGGAGAGAAACAUUUGAAACUUGUGGGAAAGCUCUAUGAUCAGUGUCAUGAUACCCUGGUACAGUUUGGUGGGUUUUUAGCGUCUAAUCUAAGCACAGAAGAUUAUAUAAAGCGAGUGCCUUCAAUUGAUGUGCUCUGUAAUGAAUUUCACACACCCCAUGAUGCAGCAUUUUUCCUGUCUAGGCCAAUGUAUGCACACCAUAUUUCGUCAAAGUAUGAUGAACUUAAAAAAUCAGAGAAGGGAAGUAAACAGCAACAUAAAGUUCACAAGUACAUUACAUCAUGUGAAAUGGUGAUGGCUCCUGUCCAUGAAGCAGUGGUUUCCUUACAUGUUUCCAAAGUCUGGGACGACAUCAGCCCUCAAUUCUAUGCCACAUUCUGGUCAUUGACAAUGUAUGACCUUGCAGUUCCACAUACCAGCUAUGAACGGGAAGUCAAUAAACUUAAAGUCCAGAUGAAAGCAAUUGAUGACAAUCAGGAAAUGCCUCCAAAUAAAAAGAAAAAAGAGAAGGAGCGAUGUACUGCCCUUCAGGACAAACUUCUUGAAGAAGAAAAGAAACAGAUGGAACAUGUACAGCGAGUGCUACAGAGACUGAAACUGGAAAAGGACAAUUGGCUUUUAGCAAAAUCUACCAAAAAUGAGACCAUCACAAAAUUUCUACAGCUGUGUAUAUUUCCUCGAUGUAUUUUUUCAGCAAUUGAUGCUGUUUACUGUGCUCGUUUUGUUGAAUUGGUACAUCAACAGAAAACUCCAAAUUUUUCCACACUUCUUUGCUAUGAUCGAGUUUUCUCUGAUAUAAUUUACACAGUUGCAAGCUGUACUGAAAAUGAAGCUAGUCGAUAUGGGAGAUUCCUUUGCUGUAUGUUAGAGACUGUGACCAGGUGGCACAGUGAUAGAGCCACAUAUGAAAAGGAAUGUGGAAAUUAUCCAGGAUUUCUUACUAUAUUACGGGCAACUGGUUUUGAUGGUGGAAAUAAAGCUGAUCAAUUAGACUAUGAAAAUUUUCGACACGUUGUACAUAAAUGGCAUUACAAACUAACCAAGGCAUCGGUACAUUGCCUUGAAACAGGCGAAUAUUCUCACAUCAGGAAUAUCUUGAUUGUGCUAACAAAAAUACUUCCAUGGUACCCAAAAGUUUUGAAUCUGGGUCAGGCUUUGGAAAGAAGAGUGCAUAAAAUCUGCCAAGAGGAAAAAGAGAAGAGGCCAGAUCUAUAUGCAUUGGCUAUGGGCUACUCUGGGCAGUUGAAAAGUAGAAAGUCAUACAUGAUACCUGAAAAUGAGUUUCAUCACAAAGACCCCCCUCCGAGGAAUGCAGUUGCCAGUAUACAAAAUGGGCCUGGCGGUGGGCCUUCUUCAUCGUCAGUAGGAAGUGCAUCUAAAUCGGAUGAAAGCAGUACCGAGGAGACUGAUAAAUCAAGGGAGAGAUCUCAGUGUGGUGUGAAAGCAGUUAAUAAAGCUUCUAAUGCCACACCAAAAGGGAAUUCAAGCAAUGGAAAUAGUGGCUCUAACAGCAGCAAAGCUGUUAAAGAAAAUGACAAAGAAAAAGGGAAAGAGAAAGAAAAAGAGAAAAAAGAAAAGACUCCAGCUACUACUCCAGAGGCCCGAGUACUUGGUAAAGAUGGUAAAGAAAAACCGAAGGAAGAACGGCCAAGUAAAGAUGAAAAAGCAAGAGAGACGAAGGAAAGAACACCUAAGUCUGACAAAGAGAAAGAAAAAUUCAAGAAGGAAGAAAAAGCUAAAGAUGAGAAAUUCAAGACCACUGUCCCCAAUGUAGAAUCAAAGUCAACUCAAGAAAAGGAAAGAGAGAAGGAGCCAUCCAGAGAAAGAGAUAUAGCAAAGGAAAUGAAAUCAAAGGAAAAUGUUAAAGGAGGAGAGAAAACACCAGUUUCUGGGUCCUUGAAGUCACCUGUUCCCCGAUCAGAUAUUGCAGAGCCUGAAAGGGAACAAAAACGUCGCAAAAUUGAUACCCACCCUUCUCCAUCACAUUCCUCAACAGUAAAGGACAGUCUCAUCGAACUCAAGGAGUCUUCAGCAAAGCUCUACAUUAAUCAUACUCCUCCACCACUGUCCAAGAGUAAGGAGAGAGAAAUGGACAAGAAAGAUUUGGACAAGUCGAGGGAAAGAUCCAGAGAAAGAGAAAAAAAAGAUGAAAAGGACAGGAAAGAGCGGAAAAGGGAUCACUCAAACAAUGACCGAGAAGUGCCACCGGACUUAACCAAGAGGCGGAAAGAGGAAAAUGGAACAAUGGGGGUUUCAAAACACAAAAGUGAGAGUCCGUGUGAGUCUCCUUAUCCAAAUGAGAAAGACAAGGAAAAAAAUAAGUCAAAAUCUUCAGGCAAAGAAAAAGGCGGUGACUCAUUUAAAUCUGAAAAAAUGGAUAAAAUCUCCUCUGGUGGCAAAAAGGAGUCCAGGCAUGAUAAAGAAAAGAUAGAAAAGAAAGAGAAACGGGACAGUUCAGGAGGAAAGGAAGAGAAGAAACAAUAUCCUUUUCAUCUUAUUGAUGUUUUUAAUCAGUAUAAUGGAAAGCUUUGAUACUGGUCUUAUUUAGAAUUGUACCCUUGUAGUGUGUGGUCUAAAUGCCCAAGGACUUACUACCUUUUAAAUGGUCUCUCCAGUUAACCCUCUCAAAUGUACAAAACGUGGAAAUAGGAGACUUGAUUGUUUUUUAAACUUCUUUGGUGACUGAGAUUGUUUUAUGCCACCAAGGGAUUUAAAGUCCCUCUGGCUCUACCACCGAGAGGAAGAAAGGGAACAGAGAGUCCCUUGGGCUGGGGGCAUGGGGAGUAGCAGGGCAAGAUGAUGUGGCAGAUGAGAAGAGCUGGUAGAGUUUGAGGCUACCAGGCUGGUAAGAGCCAAUUAGGCCUGCAAGCUGAGGGAUUAUACUAAAAGAUGAGACAGCAUUCUUUUUUUCCCCCCAAAA